UUUUAGUAAUUAAAUAUGUGUUCGAAAAAAUUAUUGAAUAUCUCAUAAAAAUAUCAAGAAUCAAUUUUUUUCAACUUUUUAUUUUUUUAACUCUUAAUCUUUUGAGCUGAUAAAUUUUUUUACGAAUAGUGUAUACUUCUGAAUGAGCGUGUAACUGCACAUGAGCUAACCUCACUCAACGCGCGACAAAAACGUGCUUUUGUUGUGAUUCGCAGUCGAGGCGUGUUUUGGUCAGAAAAUUCUCGCGUGCGCCGUUGUUUUCUACAAAUUUCCUACUUUUUUCAUGUAAAUCGACUUAAAAAAUCGCCAAAAAUGUUAGUAACCGAUGUGGGGGACGUGAAAAUCUACAAUCUCAGUGCCGGAAAAGCUUUACCGGAUUGGGUGUCGGACAAAAAGCGUCGGGAAGCGCAGCGGAAAAAUGUCGAUGUAUCCCGGCGGAUUGAACUCAUUCAAGACUUCGAUAUGCCAUCGGUGGCAACAAGUGUGGAAUUAUCACCCGAUGGACAGUACGUGCUAGCGACUGGGACAUAUAAGCCGAGGAUUAAAUGUUUCGAUGUCAACAAUUUGUCGCUCAAGUUCGAACGAUGCUUUGAUUCGGAGGUUGUUCGGUUCAAAGUUCUUGGUGAGGAUUACGGGAAGGUGGCAUUUUUGCAAGCGGAUCGGUACGUGGAGUUUCAUGCAGCCCAUGGUAGGCACUACCGGCUGAGGAUUCCUAGGUUCGGGCGCGAUUUGGAUUAUCACAAGCCGUCGUGCGAUUUGUUCCUGGUGGGAACUUCGUCGGAUAUUUAUAGGCUUAAUACAGAGCGGGGACAAUUUUUGCAACCUUAUGCGAGUUCAGCCAGUAGCUUGAAUGCCUGCGAAGUAAAUCCAGAGCAUCAUUUGCUAUGCGUUGGAAGCCAGGAAGGAACCGUUGAAGCUUGGGAUCCAAGGGAUCGUGUCCGAUGUGGAAUUCUGGAUGUGGCCGCUAACAUACGGGAUGGUUUGGAGAUUUUCCCUUCAGUAUCGGCUCUAAAGUUCAAAGAUGGUUUACACAUGGCUGUUGGAACCGAUUCGGGUCAUGUUUUGCUAUACGACAUAAGAGCUAGAGAACCUUUAAUGAUUAAGGAUCAUUUGAAUCAACUGAGUGUUAAGAAGAUUGACUUCAAUCGAGAACAUAAUGCUGUUUAUUCUUUGGAUGCAGCAAUGUUGAAGAUAUGGGACGAGUCGUCCGGGAAGCAAAUAGCCUAUAUUGAAUCGGCAAGCAACUUUAAUGAUUUUUCAACGUCUCCGGGAAGUGGUCUGUUCUUCUUUGCCCAGGAAGAACCCAAAAUGAUGAUCUACUACAUUCCUAGUCUGGGUCCGGCUCCACGAUGGUGCUCCUUUUUGGACAAUCUCACCGAAGAAAUCGAAUCGGAAACUGUUCAAAACAUCUAUGAUGAUUACAAGUUUAUCACCAAGCAAGAAUUGGCCGAUUUAGGUCUGGAGCAUUUGGAAGGAACCAACAUGUUACGAGCAUAUAUGCACGGUUUCUUCAUCGAUAUCCGACUGUACAACAAAGCUCGUGCCAUUGCUGAUCCGUUCGCAUUUGAGCGGUUCCGAAAGGAGAAAAUUGCUAAACAAAUUCAAGAAUCCCGUCCUGCUCGACUCCAACUCAAGUCGAAAUUGCCCAAAGUUAAUAAGGACUUGGCAGAAAAACUACUAACUGAAAAGGAACUGGGCGGUUCAAAACUUAAAUCGGCUGCGACGGACCUUCUUUCUGACGACCGAUUCAAGGGAAUGUUUGAAAAUCCUGACUUCGAGGUGGAUAAAUCGGCAGCCGAGUACCGUUUGUUGAAUCCUGUUCUCACAAGGUUGGAUAAGUCUAGAUCUAAAAAAAUGAAGGCAGCUUCGGAAGCAGCGGCGGCUGCCGAAGAACGUAUACAAGAGAAGGAAACAAAUAGUAGUGAUGACGACGACUUGUUUAGUGAGAAGGAUAACGAAAGCUCCGAAGACGAGGCCCAAACUUGGACGAAGGACGUCAAGCGAGAAUAUAAGAAAAUUAAUCAGGAAAUCCGGCGGGAGCAGCGGCAACAAAUGGAAGAGGAUGAGGACAAAUCAAGUGGAGACGAAGGGGCCUUUGAAGUUCAAGAAAAGGAAGAUUUCACCAUUGGACAUGGAGCUCGAAAAAUCAGUCGAGCUAGUUUGGGCAAGCGGCUUGCCACCAGUAAACCUGUUGAGGUGAAGAUGAUCGGUGGGCUUGGAAACUGUCAGAUGACCUUCAGUACAGAGAAAAAGAAAACAGGGUUCGACCGGAAGCGGCAGGCUGAACUGCGGAAGCAUCGGGAAGAGCGCAAGAAAGUUAUUAGACCGACCACCAGCUUAGGGUUGAAGAAAAAAACGGGGUCGUUUAAGAAAUGAUACAAAGAUGUUUUUGUAUUCUAAGAAUUUAAUUAAGAAUAAUAUUUAAAAUCACGAUUAAAAGAUUAUUGUUUUGAUAUGAAAAGUUUCAUUUUAUCCGAAAUGAUUGUUCAGUUUUUUGUGAGAGAUUAUGUUAUGCUUAGAAUUUACGCUUCCUUUUCUUAUAUUGUGUUUAAGUUAUAUUGAUGAUGACUGAUUGAAAUUAGCAAACACUAUUGAAUUUCGCUUUCCACCAUACAUAAAUGCAAGAAAUAAAACAACUCAUGCAUGUUUUUCUUCUCCAUAAUGCGCGGACCCGCAUAUGAUCAAUUCAUCACUUCAUUGCCUGCGUGAUCGCUGCUUGCACGAUUUCUGUCUAUUGCAACUCGUUUUUCACCUCUGUUGGGAAUUCCGGCUAACCAGAACAAUUCCCGCCAGAACUCGUUCGACG